AUGCCGCUCCCUAAACCAAAAACGCCGUUGAAUAACGCGUGUUCGGUCAUAUUCAACAACACACUUUACACAUACUCGGCCGAUGCCUUCCAGUCAUUGCGGCUUGUACCGGGGGCGAAAUGGAAGGUGCUGCCCCAGGGUGAGAAGGUGAAGGGGGCUGCUUGCGUCGGUUCAACAACAGGGACAGCGUCGACGUCGGCUUUCUUCGUUGUCGGGGGUGUUGGCGGGACGGAUGAGUACCAGGGGCUGCAGAAAUUUACGUACGAGACGGGGCAAUGGGAGUCGGUAAAGCUGCUGGAUAAGGUGACACACCAGCGGGUAGGACACAGUGCCGUUUACCUGAACAGCACCGACUCGAUCCUCGUCUACGCCGGCAACCAGGACGGGUCCAACGGGCCCUCAACAUCGACAUUUACGAUUGGCGCCUCGGCGCCACACGAAGUCCGUUCAUAUGACACGAGCGGGCCACCGUCAGUCAACCCAAUUCUGCUGUCCUGGUCUCCCAGCGAGGCGGCCUUGAUCGGCGGGAGUACGUGGAACGCACAGGUUAUGCUAUUCAAUGCGGCUGAUAAGAAAUGGGUCGACUCGGGAGCAUCCCUUGCCGCGCCACUACCGAAGGAUACAUCCGCCAUCCAGGCGGUGUUGAUGACGGGCGAUGAUGGGUCCAAGAACCUUCUCACUUUCGACAUGUCCGAGUCACCAAACAUGGUCAAACGAACGGUUCUAUUCAAGGGCCCCGGUGUACCGGUUCAGAAAGCUGCGCCGGUUCGCAGGCGGGCGUCGAGAAGGAGUGAGCAUGGGCUGAGCGGUAAGGAGAAGAGGGCCGGUGAGCCCUUGACGAUAAACAACUGGCCGGCAUACAACUCGACUUCGGCCCCUAAAGUCACUCGGAGCAACUUUUGCUCUCUGCUCAGGGCUCCGACGGCAUUGGUCGUCAUUGCUGGCGGGAACCGUCCGCCGACGAUGUUCUAUGCAUGUUCGAUGCCAGAGACAACAGUUGGGAGGGAUGCUGAGUCCAAGCUCUCCCCAGUUAGCGCGACGAACCCAACGGUCGCCACCCAAACACCGACAGAAGCCGCGGCAGCGGCAGUUACGGAUGGCUCCGAUCCACAAUUAAACACCAUCCUUGGUGCAGUCCUAGGGAGUAUCUUUGGUGCCGCGAUUCUCCUGGUCCUCGCGGUCCGCCGGGCGUCUUCCGCGGCCACCAGCAACAAGGCUCCCAGAGCUCCUUCUCAUCGAUGGCGAUCCUCAUGGGCUCGCGCGGGCGAGAAGUCGGCUGCGACUGGGCUCGGUCGGAAGUCGAGCAAUGAGAGCAGGCGUGAUUCAUCCGACAGCACCUUCAAAGCCUUCAAGAGCACCAUUAGCAAGCCGAUGGCACAGCCUACUCCGCCCCCCGCAGCUGCUCGGCCGCCACCGCCAUCCCAGCAGACCCGGGACGAGAAGGGUGUCGCGUUCGCAACCCGCACGGUUGAUGCGAAGCCACGAACCUUGACGGCAGGGGCUGAUAAGCAAGGGGACACGAGGCGCAGCUCCGGGUGGAACAGGUACUGGUCUGGUGGCUCGGCGCUGAACCUUUUGGGGUUCGGCAACGGCAACAACAAUAGCAACAGCAACAACAUUAAUCCUAACAAUGUCGCCGCUCACAACUCACGGCGGACCACCCUUGCCUCCGACCGUAGUUCAAACUACAGCAACCCGCACCGCAUGACCCAAGACAGCGCGACGGUGCCGCCUCUAUUCCCCGCCUCUGCGGAACCUCGGAUGUCCUUCAGCCGUGUCAAUGCUCACAGCCCGACCAUCGCCGUGUACAACGAUAAGCUGAACCAGGGCAUGAGCGGCCGAAUCGAGACACAGCGUCCGGUCAGCGCGGUGAGCGACAUGUCGGCCUCGGCGUACUCGAGCGGCAUCCCCGAGUCUGUGCAAGACGCCUGGGACGCGGCGGCCGCCGGCAAGCCUUGGGGAGCGGACCGGUCGCUGAACGACUCGUCUACCGGCGUCUACUCGACGCCCCUCGCGCCUGCUUCCCAGGGUCUAAAGCCCCCGUCGCAGGGCCCGCCGCGCCGGAACCAACCCCCCGUGCGCGACGACAUGAGCUGGCUUAACCUAGGUGGCAACUAA